GUGUAUUUACGUAAUUUACAGCAAUUUUUACACGACGCACUGUUUUUUCAUCAAUUGCAUGAAAACGAAAAUGGCGGGCGGAGAGGAAAACGAAAAUCAUCUUAACGGUGAGGAAAGGCAAGAAAACAUGGAAAACCAUCAAGGAAAUGGAGAAUUAGUGACAGCAGAUGACCCCGAUAAUCCGCGAGACAUUAAUGCAGAGAUUGACCAACAAAGAGAAAAGUAUCAACCGACUCGUCUAGAGUCAUUUUUCGCUGUCACCAAAUCACUGAUUAUCAGAGCUCUCAUAAUUUACUUCAUAAGUUCUUUUUUCCGGCGUCCUCAAACUGACCCAGCUACAACAGCAGCAGGAAGUAGUGGCAGUGCUGGUCCAGGCAUUGCCAAAGUACCUGCGGUAAACAUUUUUGAAAAUGGAACACUGUUCGAUCUGUACGUUUACUUGUCAGAAGCUGAAAACUUUAAGGAUUACAAAGAUCCAAAUGCCCUAAUUUGGUUGGAGUCUGGGAUGAUUUAUGGCGAUUGGUACAGUGGACCUGAUCAAGAUGGCACUAAAGUAUUGAAGCACAAAUUUGCACCGCCAGACCAAUUAAAACAUAAUGGAUCCAUUUAUUUACACAUUUACGUUACUCCAAAUGGAAAAUCACCAGAUCCUGGUGCAGGAAAAGGUGUUUAUGCCGGACAGUAUGUAUCAUACACAAAGAAAAUGCUAAAUAAAUUUAAGAAAAUCAAAUACCAGAGGACGCACAAUUUACUCACUGGGGAAACAUCAGCCACAGCCGUAGAAAUUGAGAAAGCAGAAUCAAUGAAGGAAGAAAUUGUUUCACAUUGGCAUCCCAACCUAACAAUUAAUCUGGUGACAGAUCAAACAAACUGGGUCCAAGGACAAGUUCCACCACCUUUAGACGAAUAUAUUUACUUCCUACCUGGGGGAGCGAAGUACAAGCCAGUAAUUUUCACCAAUGAUUUUUGGAACAUGCAACGUGAUUACCAGCCACUGAAUGAGACAGUCACGGAACUUGAACUUCAUCUAACAUACCAGCCACUAUCUCUAUUCAAAUGGCAACUCUAUUCUGCUCAAACUAUGAGGAAUAAAUGGACUUCAUCCUUUAUGGGUGAUGCAGCAGAGGAGGACGACAGUGAUCAAGACACUUUGAAAGAAACGUUGUUAGAAACAAAUCCGUAUCUGCUAGGAAUGACCAUUGCUGUAUCAAUUCUGCACAGCGUUUUUGAACUUUUAGCCUUCAAAAAUGACAUUCAAUUUUGGAAUAAUCGAAAAUCCCUUGAAGGGUUAUCUGUCCGUUCAGUAUUCUUCAAUGUAUUCCAAUCUCUAAUAGUUCUACUUUACGUACUGGAUAAUGAGACCAAUACUGUGGUGAGGAUUAGCUGUGCUAUUGGAUUGUGCAUAGAAAUAUGGAAAAUUAACAAAGUGGUGGAUAUCACAGUCAGAAGAGAUGAUAGGAUCCUAGGAAUAAUUCCAAAAUUAUCAUUCCACGACAAAGGGUCGUACGUUGAAUCUUCCACUAAAGAAUAUGAUAGACUCGCAUUUAGAUACCUGUCGUGGGCAUUAUACCCGUUGCUGGGUGGCUACGCUAUCUAUUCCCUCUUAUACCUCGAGCACAAAGGAUGGUAUUCUUGGGUCCUUAAUAUGCUCUACGGAUUUUUACUCACCUUUGGAUUUAUAAUGAUGACGCCCCAACUUUUCAUUAACUACAAAUUGAAAAGUGUUGCGCAUUUACCUUGGCGCAUGAUGUCUUAUAAAUUCCUGAACACUUUCAUCGAUGACAUAUUUGCAUUUGUUAUAAAAAUGCCAACGCUAUACAGGCUGGGCUGUUUCCGUGACGAUAUUGUGUUCUUUAUAUUCUUAUACCAGCGUUGGAUUUACAAGACUGAUCUCACAAGGGUAAAUGAGUUUGGAUUUUCUGGCGAAAUGGAAGCUGAGAUUAAGGAUGGCGAAGGACAAAAAGCUAUAGAAAAUGCUCCGAAAACUGAAACAGAUAAGAAAAAAGAUUAACAUUUAGCAAAUGUGUUAAAUAAGUGUUUGUAUUCAGUUAAUUAAAUUUAAAUAAAUUUAACAAACCUAAAGUAUUUAAAAAUACGUCAUCGUUUGUCAUAUAAUAGUUACAAUAUUUAAAAUUUGUAAUGAACAAACACAUAUUUCAUGUGAUAAUAUCGUAUCAUUGCGAUAUAAUAUUACAAUUAACCUUAUUUAAAAACAAAGAAGGACAAGAUACGUAAAAACGUAGGUGUACUGUUUUUCAUGAUUGAGCUUUUGUCUAUUGUUGAUAUAAAUCCGUGUGCGCAUUGUGCAGCCGUGGUGUAUGCGUGUAUGCAGCUCAAUUUAAGGUUCAGUAAUACAACAUUGAAUUUUUUCAAGUUCCAAACAUGUUUCUUCCGUCAGAAUUGUUGAACUUCACCAGGUCAUCAAACUCAACAUCUUACAAUUUGCAUUAAUUGUUCGUUAAUAUUUCGUAAUAUUAAUUAGAAAGAAAAAUAUUUUUCAAUGAAAGAUUGCAUGAAGUAUGGCCUGAUUUUCUGAACAGUUAAACUAUCACACAUUUGUUAAACAUGUUCACUGUUACCUAAUAAUCAGUGCAUAUAACGUCGACUGGCACAAGAAUAAAUUUAAUGCGAUGACUAAUCGUGAGAAAAAAAUGUCUACCAAAAUUCAUAAAACACGGAUCUCGUCUGUGUGCUAGUCCAACUUGUAACUUUACAAGUCACUAGACCAUCUGCCUCAUUAUGACUAAUUUCAACUAUUUUCCAUUCUUUAUUCGAUCGCGCGACAUUACAAGAAGUACGACAUAAGAUCUGUAUGUACCACUGUGUGAUGAAAUGUAGAUACGUACUAUUAGAAAUGAAUUUACCAAUUGUUUUUAAUAAAUGAUGAAUAUUCCUUGUUUACAAAAUAA